GUCCACGCGUUGUGCGUGUCUCGUUUGCGUCAGUCCCCCGGAAGGAAGACCGCCACAAUCGUCUUUUCCUCUGAUAGAGCCCAACGGAAGGAAGACCGACGAAUGAGCCAGAAAAGGAAUCGAGAACUGCCUGAUUGCCACGAGUGUUCGCUUCUCCUGGAAAGUGCGUGAACGGAGUUUCCAGUGCGAAUAUCGUCCGCGUUGUAUCCUCCUGUUCGUGUAGUCACCGUACGGCGGUAAUUUAGCAUCUUCCCCGUGUCUUUGCGUUUCCUAAGCCAAACGCCGUAGAAAUUCGUCACCCUACCCCACCCAGAAAGAGCUGUUCCAAGCCAAUCACUACGAUCGAGGAGUCCUUUCCGUGAAAGGUGGUCGCAGGGGAUGAGGGACGCCGGAUGUCCAGCCCGGAAUCCGAUCUUUCGCGAAUGACUGCCUAGUUGACACUCCGCAACCGUGCAGACGAUGAAAGUCCGGAGCAAGGACCUCCUAUUGAUCUUCGCGCUCGUUCAUCGCGCCGUGGCGCUGACGGGGCCGCACGUCUGCACCAGGCAAGAGAUGCGUUUGAAGCCAGUGAAUGUGACGUAUGCGGUGCCCUUCCAAUUCCAAGCUGUUAGAAUGCGGAAAAUCGUGACGGUGUCCACAUACAAGGUUGCUUACAAGACCGAGGGAGGCUCGUGUGAGACGGCGUGUCCGAGGGAUCGGUGGGGGCGUGGGUGCGUGAACCGCUGCGAGUGUCGGGGUGGUCGGACUUGCGAUCCAAAGAGUGGGGGAUGCACCUGCAUGGAGGGGUGGACCGGAAGGGAUUGCGAGAAGCCUUGUCCGGGAGAUCGGUGGGGGCCUGAAUGCAGGAAUGAGUGUGAUUGUCGGAACGGCGGGAUCUGCGAUGUUAUAAACGGGCGCUGCUCGUGUCCGCCUGGAUACACGGGGCAACAGUGCCAGUCGCGUUGCCCGCCCGAUCGGUUCGGUGUGGAUUGUCACGGAGAGUGCAAAUGCGAGAACAAUGGGACGUGCUCGUUCGUGGAUGGCAGAUGCUCGUGCGAGGAUGGUUGGAUCGGUCCAGUGUGCAGUGAGCGUUUGUGUCCCUAUCACCUCUAUGGGCCCGACUGCUCGCGGUUGUGCGAUUGCGAAUCUGCCAACACGGAGGCGUGUCAUCCGUGGAGGGGAUGCGCGUGCAAGUCGGGUUGGGAGGGUCCCACGUGUUCGGUGCCUUGUCGGGGUCGGACGUAUGGGAAGGACUGUCGGGGGAAGUGCGAGUGUCGGAAUGGGGCUUCGUGCCAUCACGUGAGUGGUGCUUGCGUCUGUUCUCCCGGUGCAAAUUGCCAGGGUCAAUGCAAACAAGGCUCCGAUAACUACUGCGAUGCAUACUGCAACUGCAGGGGAAACUCCGAGUGCGACCCACGCCUGAAGAAAUGCAUCUGCAAGGUCGGAUGGCAGGGACCCAACUGCGACGAACCCUGUCCGCCUGGCUCCUACGGCCUCAACUGCGAACAGCGCUGUCCCAAAUGCGAGCAUGGCCGGUGCAACGCGACGGAUGGAAAAUGCGAGUGUCUUCCUGGUUGGAUGGGUCCGAACUGUCAGGAAGGUUGUCCCAAGGGAUAUUUUGGGGUUCAGUGCGUGGAGCAGUGUCAGUGCAGCAACGAGACUCAAACGUGUCUUCCCAGCACCGGCUGCACCUGCAAGCCAGGACGCAAAGGUGACGAUUGCGAGGUCGAGGCCCCCUCGCCGCAGCCUCGAAGGGAUUCCAGGUCUGAGACCGGCGGCUCGGGCCUCGGAGCGUUGAUAGCGGGGAUCACCGUGACUUUGCUGGCCUUCCUCGUGAUUCCUGGCCUCAUGUUCUACGUCCGAAAAGCGAUUCGUCGGCGCAAGGAGGAGUCGGCCGGAAACGUGAAAUUCCUCAACUCUCCCCUUCCCGCUGCGCGUGUUUAUGUCGACAGCAUAACCUCCGACCUCCUCCGCACGUUCUGUGGAGGCAAGCCGAAGUCUGGCUUCCACUGCAGGCACCCGUCCAUUCAUAUCUUGCCUGCCCUGGAAGUCUUCCUUUCCUUUAGGUGCCGGAUUGCGAUGCGGUUGGGGAUGCCAUCGGGGAUGCUGCUGUGA